ACUCAUUUUUACACAUUCAAAGCCAUAUACAGUGGACUUUCAAAGCACUGUUUCACCUUACUGCAACCGUGAUACUAGAAGGCAGCCAGGAUACAUUCCUGGAAAAAAAGGAAAUUUUUCCUUUUUUUGGUAAAUUACAGUAACCAAAUGAAGCGUAGGAAAUGUUCAAAAAGAAUCUGGGUGGUGCCCAAUUUGAGAGCCAUUUGACAAACACGGAGAUAAUGGCUUGGCUCAACACACAUGGUAUUUUGCACACUGCUAUUUUGCACUUGCUGAAAGUCUUCUUUGGGAAUCAAAGGGAGGGUAAUCUUAAAUUUUAACUUGAGAAGAAUUAGAAAUUCUUCACCAUAGCUUGUGCAUCAGGAAGUCAUCUUUCAGAAUUCACGUUUAGUAAAGCUCACUUAAACCCUUUAUGGGAGGACAGCAUUUAAGGCCAAAAGCUGGGUUCCAAGAACAAGUGAACUAGGUGCAGCCCAGCGAGUGACUUGGUUUAUGGCCAAUAAUUGUACACCACUUAAGUCAAUCUCUGACUGAAAAUGAUCUCUGUAGAUGAACUGAAUGGAAAGUCAAGCUAAUGCUCUAUUGCACUUUGGACUGCUGGACCAGAAAGCCAAUAAGAUCUUAAAAAGUGCCUGGAGGCAGCAUUUGCCCCCAACUCUACCACAUGGCACAAAGUACCUGUGACAUGCCAGAGGGACUCCUCACUAUUACUUAAGCAGCCCCAGUUCAGACUGACUAUAGACUUUUUGUGUGCCUACUUGGACAUACUCCCAGAAGGGACUCCACAACAUUUGUGGAAGUUAUACCAAUCUCUUUCUAGUAAAGAGUAGUAACAAUGCAAGUGCCUUGUUACCCUGAGGAUAUGGUAGUGCAAUACUUGAACAAUAGACAAAAAUUAUUCAGGAGAUGAAUGGAAUAAAAGAGUAUAUUUUUCUCUGAAAGUUAGCAAGCUGCACUGUAAUGUCAAGGGAAAAAGGAGGAAUAAAACACUUUGAACCAUUUUGGAUGAUAGGUGGGUGGAACUGAGCUAGGAAAAACAUCUGCGACAGUGUUAAGUCAUUAGUCACUUAGGAACCAUGACCACUGCAUUCCAAAGGGAUUACAAAAGCAGCUGCUGAUGCUUUACUGUGGUGAAGGUGUGGACUGGCAGGUGCCAGUUUGGGAUGUAGGCCAGUCCAAGAGAGAGGUUCUGGUGGCUUGGUGAGCACCGCUGUGGGUGUGUCACACAGAGGUAAAGGUGGUGAUUGCAGCUAAGACAGAAAAAGUGUUUGGAGAUUUAAUUACUUAUGUGAGUAGCAAGGAAGAAGAAAAGAAAUCGUCAUAUUCCAGUGGGAGCAAUGUGUAACAUCUGAAGCAAUCACUGUAAGUACUGAGCACAUGAACUUAAGAACUGGUCGAUGCGGUUUGUCACUAGGGCUGUGUGUGAAGUUCAGGUAACAUCAGAGGCUUGUGGCUCUUAUGGUUUCCAAGGAAUAUGAAUUAAGGAAAAGAGAAAAAGACCAACUAAAGUAGCUCUGAACAGCAAUCAAAUCCAUUUGAGGCAGAGUCUGGAACAAGCUUUGACAGCCUGAACAUCCCAGAAAUUUCCAAGAGGAGGAAGAACCUCUGAAUUAUAAUCUGACAGCACAAAAAGAUUGCUGGUUGUUGGUCUUUUGGGUUUUUUUAUGAUUAACGUGACUUGGACAUCCUUGAAGAACAAAGUAGAAGUUGUAUGCAAUUCUCAUAAGCUAAGGGAAUGGCAGAUCUGACACCAACACAUAUCAGCUGGCAGCCAUCAGUAAAUGCAAGCGCACACCACACUGACAGAUAUGCCAACACUGAGUUGACUGUGAGGCGAGGACAAGCCUUCACUAUUACUCUGUACUUCAACAGACCAAAGCAGAACGGAGAGAGCCUAGCAUUUGUCACUGAAAUAGGACCAUCCCCCUCAGAAUCUCAUCGUACAAAGGCUGUAUUUAACCUCUCUGAGGUGGGGGCGAGUGGCUGGAGUGCUGUCCAAGGACCCAGUGAGGCUGGUUAUAUGAACUUUACAAUAUCCAGCCCAGCCAAUGCUGUCAUUGGACGAUACAAUCUCAUCCUCCACGUAACCUCAGGGAACAAGAUCUUCUCCAGAUUUCUGGGGCAGUUUGUGUUACUCUUCAACCCUUGGUGCCCAGGUGAUGAUGUCUACAUGGAUAAUGAAAACGAGAGACAAGAAUAUGUCCUAAAUGAAAAUGGAAUAAUCUUCGUGGGUAAUGCAAAGUACAUUGAAGCAAGAGGAUGGUACUAUGGGCAGUUUCAAGAUCAUCUUCUGAACAUCUGUCUCACCAUGCUUGAUCUGAGCCUGUACUAUCGUCAGGACCCAGCCAUUGAUGUAUCCCGAAGAGGAGAUCCUAAAUAUGUAGGCCGAGUAAUCAGUUCUAUGAUCAAUGGAAACGAUAAUGAUAAUGGAGUUCUCCUGGGAAAGUGGCAAGGAAGUUUCCACUCAGAUGAGAAUCCAUCCAGAUGGGAUGGUAGUGUGGUAAUCCUCCAGAAAUGGCGUCAGGACAACUACAAGCCUGUUCAGUAUGGCCAGUGCUGGGUUUUUGCAGGUGUCAUGUGUACAGUUCUAAGGUGCUUGGGGAUUCCUACUCGUUUGGUUUCAAAUUUUAACUCUGCCCAUGAUGUGGACAGAAACCUGAGCAUUGAUAAGUACUACGACAGCUCUGGAAAGAGUCUUAAUAUCAGCAAGGAUUCCACAUGGGAUUAUCAUGUCUGGAACGAAAGCUGGUUCAUUCGCCCAGACCUGGGAACAUCAUACAAUGGGUGGCAGGUUUUGGAUGCAACUCCACAAGAACAAAGUAAAGGAUUAUUUCAGUGUGGUCCUGCAUCUGUGAGAGCCAUCAAAGAAGGUGAUGUAGACUUGGAUUAUGACACAUUAUUUGUGUAUACGGAGGUGAAUGCUGACUGCAACAGAUGGAUUGUAUACAAAGAUGGAACUAAGAAAAGAGUUUAUUGUGAUACUGAAAUAAUUGGCAGGUUUAUCAGCACCAAAGCUGUGGGCAGCAACUCCCGUGUGGAUGUCACCUAUAGUUACAAAUAUCCAGAAGGUUCUCCUGAGGAAAGACGAAUUUAUAAAAAGGCCUUGGCCAAGAUAUUUGGGCCAAACAUCACAGAAGGACACAGAGAAUCUCCAGAUGAAAGGCCCUCAGAGAAUAUUAGAAACCCUGGGAUCUCUGGGAAAUUCAAGCUGGCUGAACCUCCAGUAUUUGGCAAAGACAUUACCCUGAUCUUAAUUCUCAGUAACCUAUCUUUUGACCACAAGACCGUGAAGGUGGACAUGAAUGCGUCAGCCAUCCUGUACACAAGGAGAGCAGUGGCAGAGAUCCUGAAGGCAACCACUUCUGUGGAUCUUGGUUCUAAACAAGGGAAACAUAUCCGAUUAAAGAUCCCUUAUUCUUAUUAUGGAAAAUAUCUGACUACCGACAAAAGGAUCCAAGUUACUGCUUUAUGUGAAGUUAUCCACAUGCAUGGGGUAAAGCUGCUGGUGGAGAAGACAAUCAUUUUAGAGGACACAAACAUUAUCAUUAAGAUUCCUCGGCGGGUUGUAGUGAACAAAGCUGUUUCCCUAGAGAUCUCAUACGCCAAUCCCCUUCCUGAACCUGUGAACCGCUGUGUACUGCUAGUGACUUUGAUGAAUCAACAGGUCAAGAUACAUCUGGCACCACUGGCACCAAGAGAGAGAUCAAAAAUUUAUUUUGAAUUCACACCUCGCAGGACUGGGCCCUUACAGCUGCAAGUAGACUUCUCCUGUGACAAAUUUUCACAUGUCAAGGGAUUUGUAACCAUUGCAGUAGCACCUGCAUAAUGCAUUGGAAUCAAUCUCCUGUUUCAGCAUUAACCUGGCAAGACAUCUUCCUCUAUACAGGGACAGUAAUAACAGCAAGGAACUUACCACAAAAGUUGGUGACCUCUUACACUGCAAUAGAAUCAAGUCUCCUGCUUUCACAGUGCUUAAUUCUGUAGUCUCUAAUUGUUUGGGGUUUGUUGGUUUUUUUUUGUCUUCUUGUCUAGAAAAUUGAAGUCCCUUUCUAUAGAAAUAGUUUCACUGUUUUAUCAAAUGUCAUUGUGUUAAGCUCCUUGUUUUGACUUUUCCAUCAGAUUAUUAAUACAGUCUCUUUUCAAGCACAUUCUAAUUGUCAGCAAUAAAUAAAUCUACUCCUAGAACUGUAUUCUUUCGUAAUGAAUUGUACAUUCCAUGGAAAUAUUAUGAGAAAUCACAAGAUUGAGGAUGAUGCUUCUCCCUUCAUUUCUCAAGCUUCUUACCUAAAGAAGUAGAAAAUCUAAUUUCUGUAUUUUGUGACACCUAUGAACUCUCUGAAUGGGGAGAAAAAAAGCCUACAAAGACUGGGAAAAGUAAUGUUUGGGGUCCAUGACAACAAUAUUUCUGUAACCUGUGGGCAUAGGACUGUCC